AUGUCCAUUCGAAGCCGAAAUAGUUCGUUGUUAAUCACUUGCUCUUUGCAAUCGUCCUUGCCUUUUCCUCGCCAGAAGAAAGUGUACACUCUCCCUCACGAAAGAUUCCCGACAGUUGAAGCCGCGUGUCUCUUGAAGCGCUGCAAUGUCCAUUCGAAGCCGAAAUACACUGCAAUGUCCAUUCGAAGUCGAAAUAGUUCAUUGUUAAUCACUUGCUCUUUGACAUCGUCCUUGCCUUUUCCCCACCGGAAGAAAGUGUACUCUCUCCCUCACGAAAGAUUCCCGACAGUGGAAUCCGCGUGUCUCUUGAAGCACUGCAAUGUCCAUUCGAACCCGAAAUACGCUGCAAUGUCCAUUCGAAGCCGAAAUAGUUCGUUGUUAAUCACUUGCUCUUUGCAAUCGUCCUUGCCUUUUCCUCGCCAGAAGAAAGUGUACUCUCUCCCUUACGAAAGAUUUCAGACUGUGGAGGCCGCGUGUCUCUUGAAGCAAUGCAAUGUCCAUUCGAAGCCGAAAUACUUGUUAAUCACUGCUCUUUUGCGAUUGUUGAUCACAUCAUGCAGUGGAUUGGGGGAGAUAGAAAUAUAUAAAAUAGCUGACCGAUGGAGUCAGGUUCUUCGGGUUGCCGCUGAUUUGCCCUUCAUUUUCCCUCUCUCUCUCUCUCUCUCUCUCUCUUUUCUCUGCACUGAGGAGAAAAAUGUCACCUCGACAGAUUCGGUGAUGUUCUACAUUUACUGUCUUUCUGUUGUGGCCACGGCUUUGUCGUGUCCCUUGGAAGAUGCAAUGGAGAUUUUAGGUUUGCUUCUUUUCUCUAAUAUUAUCUCAAGUUGA